AUGUUCAGAUUGGGCAGGAGGGGCCUAGCUACUUCUCUUGUUUGUAGUAACUAUGCUAAAACUACAUUAAACCCAGAAUCCUAUAAACUUCUUGUGCAGCAAUCUGACGUGAGAGCAGGUAUACUCUUCGUAACUCCAUCGCUCUUACCGACUAUCAUUGGGAAGUGUCUGGAAUUCCACAAAGGAAACCCAGGGAUCCAGUUGAUAGUUGCAGGAGUGGACUCGUUAUUGGAUUCAAGACGAAAUGGGGUAUCUGAACUUUGGUUAAAUAACUCUAUAGAUGUAAGAGAAGCUAAAUUAUUGCAAUCUGGAAGCAAGAAAACAGAGCCAAGGGAAAGCGAUGGAAUUAAUAUUGUACUGGCGAAGGAAAAUUGGAAACUAUCUGAGUCCCAGUUGCAAAUCUCAGUGGAUGAAGAUAUUGAAAUAAGCAUUAGCCUAGCAAAUACAUUGUUCUCCACUGGGUAUAUGUCAACAUUGUUCGUUCUCGAUGAAGGCAAGGAAUAUUCUGGAGAAGCAUUGCAGAAUUUGUCUAUUGGUGUGAAAACAGUCAAGGAGAGCGGUAGUAGUAGUAGGUUGGUAGAAACUAAAGAUAAUUGGACACCAUUGUAUGAAUAUUCUGCUACGCUGGAUCCAUUGAUCAUCACCAAAAGUAUAGGAAACUUGGUAAAAGAAAUCAAUGGUAAAUCGGCUUCAUCGUAUCUUCAAGAUAAUGAAAAGUUGAUGAGCAUUGGUUCGAAGGACACCCAAGUGUAUGUCAAAUUAUUUCAAAAGAGUAACAGUUCAUUUGCUGAGAGAUUUGAAGUAAUAGCAGGAGGCGGGGGAUGGGGAGCCAAAGCUAGUACAAUUGUCAUCUCGCCGACUGCAACCUUUGCAGAAGGUGAUAGAUUAGAAUUCUAUAUGUUAACACCUACUGAUAGAUUUAACAAGGGAAACAUUAUUAAAGAAAGGGAAAAAAAGGAUGAAAAAGUAGAACAAGAAGUAGAAGAGCACAAAAACCUUUCUAACGGUUCCAUAGUAGCUAAAUUAGAAUGCAGUUAUGAACAAACAACCUAUGACUCCGACGAAGACAUCAAAGCAAUGGAGAUUUUUGAAGGUGUUUUGAGUGCAGGUUCAGAAUCCGGAUAUAAGUUGAAUGGAGUUCAGCAUGUUUCUGCAGGGGAGCAAACAAGAAUAGUUCUCUAA